GGCGGGCCAGACUUACAAGCUCCCGGGGCGGCGGCGGCGGGCGCGGAGCGGGCCUGGCGCGGAGCGGGCGGCGGUGACAGGCAGGGCGAGCCCGCACCCUCCUCGAGCGGCGCGCCGCGACACCAUGGAGCCCGCCGUGUCUCUGGCCGUGUGCGCGCUGCUCUUCCUGCUCUGGGUGCGCGUGAAGGGACUGGAGUUCGUGCUCAUCCACCAGCGCUGGGUCUUCGUGUGCCUCUUCCUCCUGCCGCUCUCGCUCAUCUUCGACAUCUACUACUACGUGCGCGCCUGGGUGGUAUUCAGGCUGAGCAGCGCGCCGCGCCUGCACGAGCAGCGCGUGCGGGACAUCCAGAAGCAGGUGCGAGAAUGGAAGGAACAGGGCAGCAAGACUUUCAUGUGCACAGGGCGCCCAGGCUGGCUCACCAUCUCACUGCGGGUUGGGAAGUAUAAGAAGACACACAAAAACAUCAUGAUCAACCUGAUGGACAUUCUGGAGGUGGACACCAAAAAACAGAUUGUUCGAGUGGAGCCCUUGGUGUCCAUGGGUCAGGUGACGGCCCUGUUGACCUCCAUUGGCUGGACCCUGCCCGUGUUGCCUGAGCUUGAUGACCUCACAGUAGGGGGCCUAAUCAUGGGCACAGGCAUUGAGUCGUCAUCCCACAAGUAUGGCCUGUUCCAACACAUCUGCACAGCAUACGAGCUGGUCCUGGCUGAUGGCAGCUUUGUGCGAUGCACACCGUCUGAAAACUCAGACCUGUUCUAUGCCGUGCCCUGGUCCUGUGGGACCCUGGGCUUUCUGGUGGCUGCUGAGAUCCGCAUCAUUCCUGCCAAGAAGUAUGUCAAGCUCCAGUUUGAGCCAGUUCGGGGCCUGGAAGCCAUCUGUGAUAAAUUUACCCAAGAGUCCCAGCGGCUGGAGAACCACUUUGUGGAAGGACUGCUUUACUCCCUGGAUGAGGCCGUCAUCAUGACAGGGGUCAUGACAGAUGAAGUAGAACCCAGCAAGCUGAAUAGCAUUGGCAGUUACUACAAACCAUGGUUCUUCAAGCACGUGGAAAACUACCUGAAGACAAAUCAGGAGGGCCUGGAGUACAUUCCCCUGAGGCACUACUACCACCGCCAUACACGCAGCAUCUUCUGGGAGCUCCAGGACAUCAUACCUUUUGGCAAUAACCCCAUCUUCCGCUACCUCUUUGGCUGGAUGGUGCCCCCCAAGAUCUCCCUCCUGAAGUUGACCCAGGGCGAGACCCUACGCAAGCUGUACGAGCAGCACCACGUGGUACAGGACAUGCUGGUGCCCUUGAAGUGCCUGCCUCAGGCCCUGCAUACCUUCCAAAAUGACAUCCACGUCUACCCCAUCUGGUUGUGCCCCUUCAUCCUGCCCAGCCAACCAGGCCUUGUACACCCUAAGGGAGAUGAAACUGAGCUCUACGUGGACAUUGGAGCAUAUGGGGAGCCUCGUGUGAAGCACUUUGAGGCCAGGUCCUGCAUGAGGCAGCUGGAGAAGUUUGUGCGGAGUGUGCAUGGGUUCCAAAUGCUUUAUGCUGAUUGCUACAUGAACCGAGAGGAGUUCUGGGAGAUGUUUGACGGCUCUUUGUACCACAAGCUGCGCAAGCAGCUUGGCUGCCAGGAUGCCUUCCCCGAGGUGUAUGACAAGAUUUGCAAGGCCGCGAGGCACUGAGCUGGGCUUCCAGGAGAGCCAGAUGCAUGGGAAUAGACUUGCUCUUCCCUCCACUCCAGCUUGACCACUUUCCCAGAUUUCAAGAAGAAACCCCUCCAGAAAUCCCCCAGGCAGCCCAGUGGCCUCCUGGGCAGCCCAGGCAAGUGGAAGCACAUGGGAUUUGGAGUCAGACAAGGCCUGAGUCUAGGUCCCAGUUUAGCUACUCUCAUUAGCUAUGUGGCUCCAGGUCAGUCACUUGGCCCCCCUCUGCCCCAGUCAGUUCAUCUGUGGAAGGGGGCAAGAAUACCUACCUGCAAUAUGUUAUCUAAGCCAAGCGCCUGUCAUAUGGAGGGGCCACUUAAGUGCUUCCCAUUCAGCCUCACAUCUGACUUGUGCUUUGGAUUCAGUAGCUGAGUUCAGAAAGGCGCUCCAUAACUCAUCACAGGUUUGGCUGGUGUGCCCAGUGUUGGGGGAUGUCCUGGAGUUUUACCUCCAUUCCCUGAGUCAGCCACAAGAGCCCUCAUGGAAACAAAGGCGGCUUCUCUCAUCCUGGGCCUCAGGAGGGCCACAUGUGGGACAGGCUGACCCAGGAUGUGCUGUGCCAAAGCCAGGUCCAUUCCAAAGUUCUCUCUGUCAUCCUUGGGGCCGUCCUACCCCUUCUUCCUGUGUGCUCAGGCCCGUAGGCCACCCCAGCCGUGACUGAGUUCACUCAGGAUUGUUUCUGGAAAAGACAUCUCAAGAUGGAAAUCUGGCCUGCCUGGGCUUGUCCUUCUUGGCUCCUACCUUCCAGGCUUCCUCCAGAACCCACUUAGUCACAAUGGGGACACAUGCUCGUGGCUGUGUUGCAUGGGGGUGGUUCCCAUUGUGAGUGGGAAAGGCACAUCAGCCCUGUGCUCCUGUGAGGACUCUCCCUGGGGUUGAAAGGAAAGUGAAUCUCAAGUUUCCCCAGUCGCUCAUCCCCCAUUUUGUUCCCCUCCCCAGCUCUAGUUAAUUUCAGUGCCUUACAAAUCCUAAGCUCAGAGAAAGGUAGCUUCUGUUUCCGUUCCAGAGGGAGGGACCUCCAGGGUUCUUCUGCCUUGUUAUUGAAGUGUGGUUGGUUGUACAGCUCCAUCUUCAGAACCUGAAAACCCAGCUGAAAACCCAGAGUCGGGGGAAUCGAGUCCUGGAAGGGAAACCAGAAUUCGAGAGCUGAGCUGGUCAUAGUCCCACCAAGCUGCAGUUUCCUCACCUGUCACACUGGAACAAGCUCCCUGCAGCCUUCUGACUUUCUUAGACACUAGGUUGCAAAACCCAUGGAAAGUCUUGAUCAUGCUGGAAAGUCAGGGGGAAAAAUAAAUGAUCCAGGUGGCAGUUAGGAGCUGUCCAUCAUCUAAAAGUUCUUCCUUCAACUGCCAAGCUGGCUCCCAUGUCAUUUUCAGAAAGGCUCAUCUGUCUGGCAGGUGACAGAAUUCUUAAGUCACACGUUGAAGAAUGCUAUCUGAUGCUACCCAGGGACUGCCACACCACACGGUGUCAGUGUGGUCCUGUGAGGGCUAGUACAUUGUGGCAGUCCGGAAGGCAGAGGAACCACCUCAUCCAUUUGGCCUGUGGAAGAAAAUGUAACCUUCACUUUGUAGCAUGCAGUCCUGGCGUGAGCGCUUCUGCUGGUCCAUGUACAUCCUCACUUGUGUAGACUGAUGACUCUACUUGCUGUAGAUGAAUGGUUAACAUGAGCUAGGUUAGUUAGUCCAAUGGCUAAAGUGCCAUCGUUUACCAGUGGAGCCUCCCUCCCAAAGCCACUGUGGCAGUGGCCAGAGAUGCCAGCAGUGUGUGUCAUCCUUAUCCCUAUAAGCAAAACUCAGCCCUUCAGAGACAUUCCCCAGGACCUGGGAAAUGAAAGAAUUUUAGAAUCACAUCAGCCUUGGGUUUUUGUUUGGCUCCAAUAAUGUCUUGCCUGGAAAGUGGUCAUCUUCCAAGCAUGGUGAACUGAGUUCCAGCUUUUUCUCCUGUCAUCGUCCAUCUGGGCAGUGGCUUGGUGAAGUCACUUUGGGCAGUGCAUGUGGAAAAUCACAUGAGCCUCUCCCCCUUAUGGCUCUGGUUUCUUGGCUGCAUGAAGGUUUUCUGUAAAAUCAGUUGUAGCCACUUUAUCUGGCUAGAAAGCUGAAUUGGCUGUUACUGGAGGGGAAGAAGGGAUGGGCAUGGUGCUGUGUGGUUUUUGUUGUUUUUUUUUUUGGCCGGGGGCGGGGGGCUGUUUUCUUUUGGUCAUGGGGACAAAGGAGAAGGCAUGGGUCCCCCUAGCAGGUUCUUGGAGCCUCAGGCACUGUGCCUCCUCUCCAGAAUACAUGUUCCCGUGGCUGCAGGGCCACCGCUUCCGUAAAAAUAAAGUAAGGCCUGGACACUG